GUACAAGAGAAGUUACUGAAAUCUGAAAUCUUCUUCUUCGAACAAUUCUGCCCACUAAACCCCUAAAAUCUGGCGCCAAAUAAUUCGAAGCAUUUUUUACAGGAACAGUCCUUCUUCACAUACUCCAAUUCAUGUGUAUUAUAGUAAAUAAAGAUGACCGACACCACCGAUUCGCAGCCGGACUGCAAGGUUUUCAGUUUCCGAAUCGUCUCCAUCGAUCAUUACAUGGCACCGCCGAUUCCUGGCUACGAUAUCUGCUAUAGUAGCUUUCAAGGCGGGAAGGUGAACGAAGUUCCUGUUAUAAGGAUUUAUGGAUCAACCCCAGCUGGGCAGAAGACGUGUUUGCAUGUUCAUCGAGCUUUACCCUAUUUAUAUGUACCAUGUGCUGAUAUUCCACUUCAAUCAAACCAAGAAGGUGAUGCAUGUGUGAAUGCUGUAUCUCUUGGUUUGGAGAAAGCCUUGAAGGCAAAGGGUAAUGCUAGUUCAAAACGUCAGCACGUUCAUAGCUGUAGCCUUGUACGAGCUAGGAGAUUUUACGGUUACCAUUCAUCUGAGGAACUAUUCAUCAAGAUAUACCUCUAUUAUCCACAUGAUGUCUCUCGUGCUGCUAAUCUCCUUCUGGCAGGUGCAGUUCUUGGUAAGAGUUUGCAGCCCCAUGAAUCUCAUAUUCCCUUUCUUCUUCAGUUUCUUGUUGAUUAUAACUUGUAUGGAAUGGGUCAUCUGCAUCUGUCAAAGGUGAAGUUCCGUCAUCCAGUACCAGAUGUUUUUUCUCCAAGGGAAGUUAAUUACAAUAGUCAACAUUUAAAGGAGAUAGAUAAGUCAAAACAAUCAAAUGCUGAUUUUCAGGCAGAUUGGAGUGGAAGUGCAACAGUAAGUUCUCCAUUUUGGGUGCAUUCCAAAAUUCCAGGUGAUUGGUUUUGGCAGUUUUCCUGUGAACUUGAUGGGUCAUCAGAUCCAGACAUUCGUUGUAUUAAACGUCAAAGUCUAUGUGAGCUUGAGGGAGAUGCAACAAUAGAUGAAAUUAUUAAUAAAAAAUUUAUAACGUAUACAUCUCUCUCGCAAACCCGUUCUGAUGUCAAAAUGGUUCAAUCACUCAUUCCAAUUUGGGAGGAAGAGUACGAACGGACUGGGAUGUGUGAAACGGCUAUGCCUCCUGAUCCUUGCAAACCACUUGCACGGGAUGUUCUGAAAACUCUCUCCCUUGAUCUUGAAUUUGAGAAUAAACUUAUGGAUUUGUGGGGUGGUGGAGAUGAAAUUAUUUCUUCAUUUGAGAAUGAUGUGAGAGUUGUGAAAUCAAGUACAGAUGAUGAGGAAAAUUUGAUUGAAGUAGGACUUGUCCAUUCUAAGAAUUCAGAUCCAGAGCAUUUGAGUGGUUUGAAAGGAAAAAACGUUAUUGAAUCUCUGUCAUCACAAGGUUUACUAAAUCAAGAAAUGUAUGCAAUAACCUCCAAAGGAAUAGAUGAAUGCCACAAAGUAUUAUCUGCAGAUAAUAUGGAAUCAUCGCAAAUGAUAGGAACACCAACUCAGAAGGCUUCAGAUACAGAAUUACUAAGCCUUCUGAAGUGGCUUGCUAGUUCUCAGGCUGCUGAAGAUAUAAAUUCUGAUGAUGAACUUCUUCGUGAGACCAUUCUGAGUCCCCUGUUGCCUGAAGCAACCAUUGAUAAGGUACUAGAUAAAGCUAAUACUGAUUAUGAGAGAGAAUCACAGAGGGAGUGCCAGGACAUUCUUGAUUCAGUUGUGGAUGUCACCCACUUUGAUGGUCUGGGAGUAAGAGCUUCUUCUUCUAUUGAUUCUAGAACUCAUCCUCAAACUUCACUGGAGAAAAAAAUCCCACAAGUAGAUGGUUCUAGUGAUGAUCUGUACUUGCUUCCUUGUGCUGGAUCAGCUGAAGAUUCAUCAAAAAAAGAAAUGAGAAGUGAAUCUGAAAGAUCUUUUCAACAUCUGGUACCAUGGGAUACUGGCACAAGCUUUGCUAGUAGGCAUAACACGAGAAAUCCUUUGUGGGGCUCUUUACCUUUUUCAACGACUCAAAAGGUGAACGAUGACAUAGAUUCUGCGAGUUUCAACAGUGAAGCUAUGAGAUUCUUGGUUGGUAAUGAGAUGGGCAAUUGUUCUGAUGUUUUGAUGAAAAGUGAAUAUCCAGAUGCCCCUGAUACAAAGGAAGCAACUACUUCAAGUGGAUGUUCUGUGCGUGACUUAAUGAGAAGGAAACGGUGCUGCAGGUUUGAGCCACCUGAACAUGGGUCUAUAAGGGUGAAAAGAGCACAUUUGGCUGGGGAACGAAAAGAAGAUAUCUCUCUCUUGCCAAAACAAUUGGACUUCAAUAUAUUGCAAAAUGAUGACCACGACAAAUGCCCUCUACUAGCUAGUAGAGGUAUCUCUUUAGUGGAUAGAGGGAAAAAGGAUUUAUCAAGGCCUUCUAACAUGGAGAUUAAAAAAUCUGCAGUUAUGUUAGGCCACUGUGAAAUUGAUAAUGGUAAAAAGUCUAAUUCUGGUGCAAUUUCAACAGAAGCUACUAACUGUACUGUCUGCACUUCUGAAUCUGAUUCUUUACUUGAUGUUCAGUUUUUGAAGUUAGAUACUGAGGUUAAACACUUGGGUGAUGAGAUAUUGCAGCAAACUGAUGGAAAUGGUUCAAGCUGUUUUCAUAUGUCAAUUUCUCCUGGCUAUGAAGGUAAAACUUCCAUGGAAAAGGUACAUAACAUUGCUAAUGAGAAACUUGUGGGCAUGCACACAAUGGUUAUGCAGAAUGAGGAACUGACCGGUGGAGAACUGCAGAGAAACUACAUGAGCAGAAGUACCUCAAAUAGUAAACAAGAAGCUUCGGUUGGCAUUCCGAUUCAGUAUUUGAACGAUGGCUCUUGCUUGUACAUGCUGACACCUGCAUUGUCUCCUCCUUCUGUGGAUUGUGUGUGUAGAUGGCUAUUACAUAACAAUGAAGGCACUUCAGGAUUAAUAAAUGCAGCAUCUGCAGAGCCUUCAUCUCCAAAAGGUUCUGAUAUGAGGCCUGUACUGGAAGAAGUGGAUCAAGAAAGUGUUGGCAUUAGCAAUGCAGAAUUCAAUCUUGUUGGGAAUGAGGAAACAGUGAUGUCACAGAGUGAAGGCCAUAUUGCAGAAGUAAAUGCAUGCACUGAUUGCUUGCAAGAUAUAUCUCAGAUAUCCUGCCCAGUUGGGAGAUCAAAGCCCACUCCUCUUAGUCAAAUUGGGUUCCGGGAUCCAGCCAGUGUUGGUGCUGGUGAGCAACUUACAAUUUUAAGUGUGGAGGUUCAAGCAGAAUCUAGAGGAGAUCUCCGACCUAAUCCUCAAUAUGAUGCUAUCAAUGUGGUGGCUGCUGCUUUCCAAAAUGAUAAUGAUUCAGCCGUUGAAGUUUAUGUGCUUUUGCGAAGUAAUAUUGGAUAUCAUCAGAGGAGUCUUGAUGGAAUUCCUGACUGCAAGGUGUUUACUUUCUCUGAAGAGAAACAUAUAUUUAGCCACUUCAUUAAGAUUUUAUCUUCUUUCGAUCCAGAUAUUUUAAUGGGCUGGGACAUACAAGGUGGUUCUCUUGGUUUUUUGGCAGAAAGGGCUGCACAUCUUGGUAUAGGUUUACUUAAUGAUAUUUCGCGUACACCAUUAGAAUCUAAGAGAGCUUCUGAAGAUUUAGAAAAUUCUCAGAGGGUAAUAUCAGAUAAUCUGGUUCCUGAAUCUGUAAUUGAGGAUUCUGUUAUACUUAAAGAUGCUAUAGUUGAGGAUGAAUGGGGACGAACUCAUGCUAGUGGAGUCCAUGUUGGUGGUAGAAUUGUCCUCAAUGUAUGGCGAUUAAUGCGUGGUGAAGUGAAGCUUAAUUUGUACACAGUUGAAUCUGUAGCAGAAGCUGUUUUGAGGCGGAAAACACCGUCAAUUCCUUAUAAAGUACUGUCAAAAUGGUUUUCUAGCGGUCCUGGACGAGCAAGGUAUCGAUGUGUUGAAUAUGUGGUGGGGAGAGCAAAAUUGAACCUUGAGAUUAUGAAUCAACUUGAUAUGGUAAAUCGAACAUCGGAACUUGCUCGUGUCUUUGGAAUUGAUUUCUUUUCUGUUCUCUCUAGAGGUUCACAGUAUCGUGUUGAAUCAAUGUUCCUAAGAUUGGCACACUCACAAAACUACCUUGCCAUUUCUCCGGGAAAUCAUCAGGUUGCUUCUCAACCUGCAAUGGAGUGUUUACCUCUUGUAAUGGAACCGGAGUCUGGUUUUUAUGCAGAUCCAGUGGUGGUUUUAGAUUUCCAGUCUCUUUAUCCAUCAAUGGUAAUUGCAUAUAACCUUUGCUAUAGUACAUGCCUUGGAAAAGUUGUACCUUCAAAGGAAAAUACUCUUGGGGUUAGUUCUUUUUCGCCAGAGUCACAUGUUUUGUGUGAUCUAAAAGAUCAAAUACUGCUUACCCCAAAUGGUGUUAUGUAUGUUCCUUCAAAGGUUCGUAAAGGCGUACUUCCUCGCUUAUUGGAGGAAAUAUUAUCUACUAGAAUAAUGGUUAAGCAGGCAAUGAAGAAACUGGUUCCUUCUCAGCAAGUUCUUCACAGGAUAUUUAAUGCAAGACAGCUUGCCUUGAAGCUGAUAGCAAAUGUGACAUAUGGUUAUACAGCCGCUGGCUUUAGUGGUCGAAUGCCUUGUGCAGAGCUUGCUGACAGUAUUGUUCAGUGUGGUCGUAGAACGCUGGAGAAGGCUAUUUCAUUUGUAAAUUCAAAUGAUAAAUUGAAAGCUAAGGUUAUAUAUGGUGAUACUGACAGCAUGUUUGUCCUUCUCAAAGGGCGGAGUGUUAAAGAAUCAUUUCAAAUUGGGCAGGAAAUUGCUUCAGCAGUAACUGCAAUGAAUCCAAAUCCAGUCACUUUAAAAAUGGAGAAAGUAUAUCAUCCGUGCUUCCUCCUAACUAAGAAACGGUAUGUUGGUUACAGUUAUGAGAACCCAGACCAAACUGAGCCGAUUUUUGAUGCUAAAGGUAUCGAGACAGUUCGCAGAGAUACUUGUGCAGCUGUCGCAAAAAUGAUGGAGCAAUCUUUGAGACUGUUUUUUGAUCAUCAGGACAUUUCUGAGGUUAAAGCAUAUUUACAGCGACAGUGGACACGAAUUCUGUCAGGCAGGGUGUCUCUUCAGGAUUUUGUAUUUGCCAAAGAGGUUCGCCUAGGUACCUACAGCAUGAGGACUUCUUCAUCACUCCCACCAGCAGCAAUUGUGGCUACCAAAGCAAUGAGAGCAGAUCCUAGGGCAGAACCGUGCUAUGGUGAACGAGUACCUUAUGUUGUUAUUCAUGGGGAGCCUGGGGCUCGUCUGGUUGAUAUGGUUGUGGAUCCAUUGGAUCUUUUGGCCAUUGAUUCCUGGUAUAGAUUAAAUGAUUUAUAUUACAUCAACAAACAGAUAAUACCAGCUUUGCAGCGGGUAUUUGGGUUAGUUGGUGCUGACCUGAACAGCUGGUUUCUAGAAAUGCCCAGACCAAGCAGGGAAGCUUUCGCUAAAUGUCCUGUAUACACUACAAAUCUGCAGCGAAGUAGAAUCGAUUUUUACUAUUUCUCAAAGCAUUGUAUUCUAUGCGGUGAAUUAGUCCAGGCAUCAGCUCAUCUAUGCAGUAAAUGUUCACGAAAGGAAACCACUGCUGCAACUGCUAUAGUUGGAAGGACUUCAAAACUAGAGAGAGAGAUGCAACACCUUGCCUCUAUAUGCCGACAUUGCGGAGGUGGAGACUGGCUUCUGGAAAGUGGAGUGAAAUGCACCUCUCUCGCUUGCUCAGUGUUUUAUGAGAGGCGAAAAGUUCAGAAAGAACUUCAGGCUCUUUCUGCAGUUGCUGCAGAAAAAGGUUUGUACCCAAAGUGUAUGAUUGAAUGUCCCGCUCUGUUUCUCUCAAAAAUGGCUCAAACUCCAUUCUCUCUUCUUCUCCUUAGACGCCUCUGUCUCUCUUUAAAAACCAUCAAAAACCCUAAACCCCAUUUUAACUGUUUGUACUUCACCACAAAAUCUUUCUCCACCUCUCCACUUCCAUCUCCAAAACUCUCCCAUUCAGACUCAAAAACAAAACCCUCUUCACUCUCCGCUCGCAUGAGCUUCAUCUUUGAUCAAAUUGACCAAAUCGAGAAGCAAAAACAAGAAAACGACGAAACUCUACAAAGAAUUCGCGCUUGGCGCCAAUCGAAACAGCAAAACCAGGAUUCGACGACGACCCAAAAGGUGCAAAACGCGGAGGUAGUUUCUGGUGUGGAAGAAAAACCUGAAAGUUAUUGUGCUGAAAAGAAAGUAUUGGUGAGAAAGGAGGUGAAGGAGGUGGAGUUGGUUCAUCCAUGGCCGGAGUGGAUUGAAUUGAUGGAGAGAUUGGUGAAACAGAACUACUUUGAUCAUCGGAGAAAAGAUGAGGAUAAAAUGGUGAAAGAAUUGGGAUUUGAUGAUGGUGUUGAGGAGACCGAUGUUGGAAUUGAUUUUACUGAUUUCAGAACUGUUCAGACUGCUUGUCUUAAUUUUGGGAAGGACCGGUUCGAUAUCUUGAGGUCCUUGGCGAGACACGAUAUUCAAACUUUGGUUGGCUACGGAUGUCCAAGUGCUGACAAGAAGGUGGUUUUCUCUGCUAAGCUAUUGAGGAAGCAUGCCCACCUUGAUGAAGGAGAUGUCUGUAGUACCUGCAGCUUGAGGAGCUCCUGUCAAAUAGCAUAUCUGCUUACAAAUAAAGAAGAUGAAGCUCGUACUGUAGAUGUUAUACGUGUUCUAUUGACUUAUGGUUUUGAUUCUGUGAAUGGAUCAGUGGUCAAUAAGUCCCUUCUCAAACAGAAGUCGGUGAAGAAUGUUGUCCGUAAGUUGCUUCAUGAGAUUGUCAAGUUGAGUGCUGUUCCAAUAGAUCCGAAUCUUCCCCCUCCAGUGAUAAAGAAGCCUCCUCCAAAAGUUAAGCAACCACCUCCACCACCAAAAAAACGAGUUGGACGAGAUGACGUUGAGAUGAAAAAAGGAGAUUGGCUAUGUCCCAAGUGUGAUUUCUUGAAUUUUGCAAAGAAUACAGUGUGUCUACAAUGUGAUGCCAAGAGGCCAAAGAGACAAUUGCUUCCAGGAGAAUGGGAAUGCCCAGAGUGCAACUUCUUAAAUUAUAGAAGAAAUAUGGCAUGUUUUCAUUGUGAUUGCAAACGUCCGCCUGAUGAAUUUAUUGAGAAUAAAAUACUAGAGAAGCAGCAACGUGAUCCUGAAAUUAGAUCGGAGAAGAUUGCCCGCAGGCCGGAUGUUUCAAAUGCCUGGAAUUUUGACUUUGAUGACGAUGAAUCAGAUGGGGCAGACGUUGCUGCUUUUGAGUAUGCAGAUUCUCCAAGAAGUGAAGACUCUCCUAUGGGCAGUUUGCCUCUUGAAGGAAAUUUUAGAGGUCAUGAGGAUGAUUUCAAUAAAGCUGGCAGGUUUCCAAGGGCCAAUGAGAGAGAAUUUUCUGAUCCUGAUAGUAACAGGCCGGCAUUAGGGUUUGAUGAUUUUGAUGAUGAAGAUGACGUUGACAGUUAUGAGAUAGACAUUCAGAAUAAUCAUUCACUGAAGAAGGCUUCUACAAAUAAUUUUUUUGAAGCUGAAGAUAAGGGCUCUGAUAAUUUUUAUGCUGGCCGCAGGGCGAACUCUCCAUCUUAUAAUAGCCGGGCUAAGCCCAUGCAUAGAAAUACAGGUUUUACUGGCUCUGAGGAUGAUGAACUGGAUUUUGAUACUGAUGAUGAGCUUUCAGUUCAUCCCCACUGGAAAUCCAGUCAUGUUGCUGAUUCUAGACAUAGAAAUAGAGGUAGAGGUCCAACAGGUUCAUCCAAGGGCUUGAGUUUCGGCUCAGAUGAAGAAUUUGAUCUAAAUUCAGAUUUGGAUGAUGAUUUAGAGGACGAUUUUAUAUCCAGCCGAAAGAAAGGCAGCAAACCAGUUUCUGGUGGGCAUUUUCAGAGGAAAUUCUCCAAUACAAAAUAUGAUUCGUUUUCUGGUUCAGAAUCUGACACUGAUGGCAGCUGGCAUAGAAACAGAACUGGUAGGAACAAGAUAGAAUCUGGCAGAAGAGGAAAAACUUUUGAAGGUCAUGACAACUAUAAAUUUGUUCGAGAUACACAAUUCAGAUCCAAUGGUAAGAUGGGUGACAGAAGGAAGUCUUCUGUUGAUGGUUUUAGUGAUAUUAGAAGACCUCAGCGGGAUGGCAAUGGUACCCGGGGAACGAGUGACAGAGGGCGUGAUUCAAGGAAUUUCAGGGGGCCUAAACGAGAAGUAUAUGGAAAUCCACAGCAUGGACGGUCUACCAAAUACAAUAGAGAUGACAAUGAUGCCAGUGAAUUUAAAAACAGCAGGCGCGUUAUAGAGAGAUAGAUUUCAGCAUUACGGGACUGGUUGUUUUCUGAGUUAAUUUGGCCAUAGAGCCAAUACUGUUCUACCCAUCUCUCGAACAAGUGGUCAGAUGGAUUUAUACUGUCAAAGUCUGACUCUGGAGGUUAGAGAUUGUAGAAGCUGGAUAACUUCCUAUGUUGUGGCCCUGUAUCGGAUGAAACGGUGGAAAUUUUGCUGGUUUCCUGACCACCACCUUUGUUGCCCAGUGGUGGCUGGAUCAGUCACUUACAGAAACUUCAGGUACUUUGGCGAGCUAUGUAAAUUUCCAACUUUUUCUUCAUGCAAAGCAACCGUUAUACAUGUGAAGUUCUGUUUCAAGCUUCUCAAAUCGUACAUGCCUAAUGGAAGAAUAAUUUUUUUCAAGUAGCAAUGAAAUUGAUUGUUAAUGGUAAUACUAGAUUCGAUCUGAACUGUUUGAGCUCAAAUUUGAGUUAUGUGAUUCCUAUUCUUUUCUA